CAUUUCUGGCACGACGCCAUUAGUGGCGUCUACAUGCAGGAUGAAGCUUUCAUAGUUUCAUCAUCCGUUAUAAUGAUUGUUUAAUGAUGUAAAUUGACACCAGAAGCGGCAAUAAAGCGUUGAGAUAGAUUUGAAUUUGACCGCUUGAGGGCAUGUUGCUUAUUUUGCCUCGUCGUGGAAAAUGUGUCAUUUGCCUAGGUACUCGGAGUUAAAUUCCGUUUAAUUUCGUGAUACAAGCCCUGUGACUAGGAGGUGGCGAGAAGUACAAUUUUUUUGGUCGGAUGCUGAUACUUUCUACCAUGGGUUCUCUGCGUAAUGUCCUGAUCAGUAUUUGCUCUCUCGCAAUACUAGUAGUCGAUUGCCAUGGCAACGUUGUUGAGAAAAGGGACGUGGGUGUAUCUUCUAUAGAUCCGGUAGUACUUCAGCCAAUAGGCACUUACGAGUGUCCCAACAUCAUCUCUCGUUCUGAGUGGGGAGCUCGAAGUCCUAAGAGCACAACCGCUCUGAAUGCUCCUCUCGAGUAUGCUGUGGUUCACCAUACAGAUGGUAGUCGAUGCUAUGACGAGACAUCAUGCAAGGCUACGGUCAGAGGAAUACAGAACUAUCACAUGGAUUCGAAUAAAUGGGAUGAUAUUGGUUACAAUUUCCUGAUCGGGGAUGAUCUGAACGUUUACGAGGGACGUGGAUGGAAUAACAAAGGAGCACAUGCUAUGGAUUAUAACGCGUAUUCCAUAGGCAUAUGUAUGAUCGGUACCUUCACUUCGACGACCCCGACAUCACAGAUGAUGGGAGUUCUACAGCAAUUUCUCGACUGUGCCUUGAGCAGGAAUACCUUAAUGCCGGGUUACACUUUAUAUGGCCAUCGACAAGCCACUGCCACUUCUUGCCCAGGUGAUAAAUUGUAUUCUGAACUAACAGGAUUUCGUCACUACAGGUAUACCUCAGGCUCACAGUAUAACCCUCUGGAUGGAGAGCAGUGCUCAAUCUAAGAUACUCAACCGGUUCAGGAUAAUAACAUUUCUUUAUGUUUUAAAGAUUAAACAUUUUAGAUUUGCAGUGUUCAUCUCAAACAGAGAAUGAUUUGGGGCCUACAUAGUAUGAUUAUAAAACAAUGAUAUAAGUAUUCCUAUAUAAAAGUAUUACACCGAUUAGAUAUGAAUAUACUAGAUACAUAUCUGUAGAAAUUGGAGGGGGCAAAAAGUACAUUACAUCCUUUUAGACCAAUCUGUCUCCCCUGAAAGAGAUAGUUCUAUAUCAGUCUUAUCAUAUUUAUUCAAAGAACGUUAAUAACUAACUCACUUUGAUCCCGAAGAAGAUAAAUUACACAAACUGUACAUUCUUUCAAUAUGAUUUCAGAAUAUAAUUAUGGUAGAUAAAGAAAUACUAUAUCAUAAAGAAAUUAAACACGCAUGAUCCUAGAAAUUAUUUUUUCAUUGGCAUACAUUCACGAUAAUUGCUUUUCGCAUAUAAAUUAAGAAAUUUGUGUGGUUUAACUUAAAGUUGUAAAUUUAACAAAACACUGUAUCGUCCUCCCUGUUUAAUAUGGCCCUUUAAAUAUAAAGAAUAAAAAUGAAUAAUUAGCAAAGAA